GUUUCUGGACCUUCUAGUCUUGGGCAGCAGUCUCGCCGUUUUCGCUAUGGCCGUUCCGGAUGCCGUUGCCGAGAAGGAGCUGGGGAAUGAGGCUUACAAACAAAAGUGCUUCGAUGAAGCAUUGAUGCAUUACAACAAAGCGAUUGAACUAGAUCCCAACUGUAUCACGUAUUAUACAAAUAAAGCUGCUGUCUAUUUUGAGAUGGGUGAUUUUGAUAAGUGCAUCGAGAUUUGCGAGCACGCUGUUGAAGUCGGUCGUGAAAACAGAGCAGAGUACAAGCUAAUCGCCAAAGCGCUCGCACGGAUCGCUUUGAGUUACUGGAAGAAAGACGACUUGGCUAAUGCUAAAAAGUACUACGAUAAAUCCUUAUCAGAGUGCCGCCAACCCGAUAUCGAGAAGAAAUCAAGGGAAGUUGAUAAGCUACUUAAGGAGAAAGAGAGGCUUGCUUACAUAAACCCAGAGCUGGCGGAGUCCGCGAAGAACAAAGGCAACGAAUGCUUUCAACAAGGGGAUUAUCCGACUGCUCUUAAACAUUAUUCUGAGGCAAUCAAGCGGAACCCAGACGACGCCAAGCUGUACAGCAACAGGGCGGCGUGCUACACUAAGCUGAUGGAGUUUCAUCUUGCUAUAAAGGAUUGCAACACUUGUAUUGAGUUGGAUCCAAACUUCAUCAAAGGUUACCUACGGAAAGGUGCCGCCUGCCUCGCGAUAAAAGAUCUAAAUCAAGCUAGAAAAGCCUACAGAAAAGCCAUGGAAAUCGAUCCAGGGUGUACAGAAGCAGUACAAGGUCUAAGGCAAACGUAUACUGGCGAUGAUGAUCCGGAAGCAGCUCGUAAACGAGCAAUGAACGAUCCUGAAAUAGCGGCUAUCCUCUCUGAUCCUGCUAUGCGUCUCAUCCUCAAUCAGAUGGAGGAUCCCACUGCACUUCGUGAACACUUAAACAAUCCCGAUAUUGCCUCCAAAUUAAUGAAGCUUAUUGACGCCGGCUUAAUCUCUUUCCGGUGAUUUUGUAGAUUUUGCAAGUGACACACGUUCUGACGUGCACUUCGAAAGAGCGUUACACUUUCCGCCCUUCAGCUAUCUGUUACCAAGCACAAAUGGUUAUGUAUCAUGCUUUUCAGCCAUGUCGCCCCUUCGGGUGUUUCAAUAAGAUUUUUCGAUUA